AUGGGAUUCAAACAGCAUGGGCGGACGUAUGACCUGGUAGUUUUUGGGGCAACCGGUUAUACUGGAAAAUACACUGCAGAACAUAUCACCACGCACCUGCCCACCGAUCUUAAAUGGGCCAUUGCUGGUCGUUCCCGGGAGAAGUUGCAAAAGCUCGCUGACGAGCUCAAGCCCUUGAACCCGGAUCGACGACAACCUGAGCUUGAGAUCUGCAGCUUGAACGGAGAUGAUCUGGGCGCGUUGGCCAAGAAGACGUUCAUCUUGAUCACAACUGUGGGACCUUAUGGGCAGUAUGGGGAGCAUGCCUUCAAAGCAUGCGCCGAGAAUGGCACGCACUACUUCGACGUCACAGGGGAGGUUCCCUUCGUGGCACGCAUGAUCAAAAAGUACGAGAAGGUCGCAAAGCAGACAGGCAGCAUGCUCUUCCCGGAGAUCGGCUUCGAGUCCGCCCCGGCGGACUUGAUUGUCUGGUCUCUUGCCAAGCACAACCGCACCGAACUUGCAGCCAAGACCCGUGAGGCGGUCAUGUCCAUCCACAGGAUAAACGCGGCGCCCUCGGGCGGGACCCUAGCCUCCCUCCUCGGGUUUUUUGACACAUUCAGCCUGAAGGAGAUAACCGAAACCAUGCGGCCAUUUGCACUCUCCCCCGUGCCAAAUCCCAACGCCGCCUCGCACAAGCCGUCUCUCAAGACGCGGCUGACGGGGCUCCGCACGGUGCCCAACCUGGGGAAAAUGACGACCUGCCUCGCCGGGGACAGCGACAGGGCGAUAAUCGGCCGGACGUGGGGCCUGUUCGAGCAGAUCGGCACGAAAGAGGCCGAGGCCUACGGGCCCAACUUCGCGUUCAGCGAGUACAUGAGGACGCGCAACUGGCUGUCGGGCGUGCUCAUGCACUGGGGCAUCGCCGUCGUAAGCGUCCUACUAGUCGCACUACCACCACUACGAUCGGUAGUGAGGAGGUUCGUCUAUAAGCAGGGUGACGGCCCGGACAAGGAGCAGUCGAAGAAGCACGAGAUCGAGAUCCGCGGCGUUGCUGCGCCUGACACCGAAAGGCCGGUCGGGAAGCAGGCGUUCUGCCGGGCUACCUACUUCGGCAGCAUGUACGCCUUGACCGGUACUCUCCUCGCUGAGGCCGCGCUGACCGUUCUGGAGGACGAUAUUGACCUUGGUGGAGGUGGAGUCUUCACGCCGGCCUGUCUUGGUCAGGGAUUCGUGGACAGACUAGACGGUGCCGGAUUCAAGAUUCAAACCGAGUCGGUAUUGACCUAG